UUCUGAGGCGGAGUGGGUGUGGAAAGAGCGCGCCGCCGCGCUUCCUGUGUGCUGCGCCGGGGCUUGUCGGCUGCUGCGGGAGGUGUAAGGCUUAAUUUGAGCCCGAAGAGCCUCAGAAUGUGUUGAUCACCAAGGCAUCAGCUAUGGGAUAUGGAAAGUAAUAACAAAGAGCACCCUUCAGCAGGUCUAGAGGGUCUGUUUCCCCCUACAGAGUUUGCAGUAAGGCACAUCUCAAGUAAUUUUUGUGGACUCGUCAAAGCAUUUGGUGGUCGUGAGUCAAAAUGCUUGGUAGAAGACCCAGGAAAAACCCCCAACAAAAGGGUCAGGGAGCUGCUGCAGCAAAGCAGCUGGGACUUUUUCUAGAGUUCAGCCCCGAAGAGAUGAUGCGAAAAAUGGAGGAGGAUGGUGAUGAUGGGGACCUAGAAGCAGAACUGGCUGCUAUCACAGGAGAGAAUGUGUCCACUGGGAAGACAAAGCCUAAAGGAAAGACUCCUCUACCUACGGAUCAUAUUGAAAAGAUGGCUGCAGAUUGUAUGAAGGACUUGGAUGAGGAUGAGGAUGAUGAUGAGCUAGAGGAAGACAAUGAUCUUUUGGCAGAGUUGCAAGAGGUUCUGGGAGAAGGAGGAAGCACUGAACAUGAGACAGAAAGCAUAGCUGUGUCUCCUAUGGCCACAGAUCAGCUUACUGAACUACCGACACAGAUGUCUUCUGCUUCCAGUGAACUACAGCGAACAGUAGAAGAAAGAAUAACUAACUAUAAGGCAGCGAUAAUGAAUGCAAAGAAAGCAGGGGAGAGUGCCAAAGUACGACGGUAUGAGCGAGGCCUUAAGACUUUGGAAGCUAUGCUGACUGCUGUGAGGAAGGGCAAGAAAGUGAAUGAGGAAGAGAUGCCACCACCAGUUGCUUCAGGAAAGAGCUCUGUAGCCAUGCCACAAGCCAUGCAUAAUUUGUCUAAAAGCUCAGAUGAUCAAGAGAAAGUAACAGUCCCUGAGAAGGAAGAGAAGGAACAAGUCUCUGCUGUAGACCAUGAAUUAAAGAACCCCAGUGGUGAUGAGUUGUUUGUGAGCACAACUGCUCUCCGGGGCCAGGAUGCAGAUGGAGUUGCUACAGGAACAGAUACCACUUUUGAAAAUAAUUCCUCAAACCUUUGUAUGAGAGAACUACUUGUGACAAGAGAGAAGGAAUAUAAAUUAGCAGCACUGAAAGCCAAGCAGGAAGGUGAUCUUGAGAAGGCUAAAGAAUACAUGAGAACUGGAAAGAAAUUCAUCAUGGUUCUAGAAGCACUGGACAGUGGACAUUCUGUAGAUCUCAAAGAUAUGCCUCCAGCCCCAGACGAACUUGAAAGUGCAGGAAAAAUGUGUGUUCCCCCUAAACCAGCACCAUCUAUACCUGUGGAAAUUUCCCAGCCUCUUACAACCCAAGAGCUCCAAAGUAAGGAAGCUUCAGGUUCUGUGCAGCAGCCAAAAACAAUCCUAGAAGCUUUGCAGCAGAGGCUGGAAAAAUACAAAGCAGCAGCAGCUCAAGCCAAAGCAAGUGGAGCUGAUCGGAAAAGUAGGAUGCAUGAGAGAAUAGCUAAGCAAUACCAAGAUGCCAUAAGAGCCCAUAAAGCAGGAAGAAAAGUGAAUUUUUCUGAACUACCGGUUCCUCCUGGAUUCCCUCCAAUUCCUGGAGUGGUUCCUGAAGAUGAUAGUACAGUGGCUGCAGUGCUGGAAAGUGCAAAUAGGCUGGUUAAAAUGGAGGAGGAAGAAGAGGACAAAGAUGAUGAUGAGGGUGAGCUUUCCACACAGGCUCCAGCUGCCAAGAAGCCCACUCAGGUGUCUAAGAAACCAGUGCUAAUUGUUCAGCCACUAAUGAGGCCAUCUGCUAUAAUCCAGGAAGAGACAUCUCAGGAGAAGGAUAUUUCUCGACCAUCCCCUAUAACAGCACCAGAGAAAUUUGCACCCAUUGAGCAUCUCUCUCCAGUGGCUAGGGAGCACAUUGAAUUUCUUGAGAGUAGAAAGAAGCAAUACUUAAAGGCUGCAAUCCAAGCAAAGAAGAGGAACGAUUUUGAACAAGCCAAGGUGUAUUUGAGAACAGCAAAGAGCUUUGACCCAAAGAUUGAGCUGGCAAAAAAUGGCGAAUUGGUCGACAUUUCCAAGCUGCCUUCCCCUCCCACAGAUGAUGAGGGUGACUUUAUUUUUAUACAUCAUGAGGAUGUCAGACUCUCUCAGAAGGCAGAAGAAGUGUACAUUCAGCUCAUCAAGCUUCUGAAAGACCAGCAUGAGAAAUGUCUGCAAUAUUCCAAGCAGUUCAUGCAUCUGGGAAAUGUAACCGAAACUUCACGGUUUGAAAAGCUGGCUCAGAGUUGUAAAAAAGAUCUGGACAUCUUACAGCUCGCUCAAGCCCAGGGAUUGGAUCCCCCAAGCCAUCACUUUGAAGAGAGGACCUUUAAAAUUGUCAGGAUAUUUUCUGAACUCAACAGCACAGAGAUGCAUCUUAUCAUUGUUAGAGGAAUAAAUCUACCAGCUCCACCAGGUGUGGCACCAAAUGACUUGGAUGCAUUUGUAAAAUUUGAAUUUCAUUAUCCUAACACAGAGCAAGCUCAGAAAAGUAAAACAUCUGUGAUCAAAAACACCAACUGCCCAGAAUAUAAUCAGCUGUUCAAGUUGAGCAUUAACCGAAACCACAGAGGUUUCCGAAGAGCAAUUCAGGCCAAAGGCAUUAAAUUUGAAAUUUUCCACAAAGGGUCUUUUUUCAGGAGCGAUAAGCAAGUUGGAAUUGCACACUUGAAACUGGACAAACUGGAAUCUGAAUGUGAAAUCAGAGAAAUAAUUGAGGUUUUGGAUGGCAGGAAAUCCACCGGAGGAAAACUAGAAGUGAAAGUGCGACUCAGAGAGCCACUCAGUGGACAAGACCUUCAGACAAUUACAGAAAACUGGCUAGUCCUUGAACACUAGUUGCAUCUAAGGCUCAGAAGUGUUAAAAGCUACAGAAUGGACUGAAUAUACAUAGAGCUUCUACAAGCACCAAAGAUGUUCAAUGAAUGCACUACUGAACAUAACAUCUAUUUUCAUAACUAUCAUAUAGUGUGAGUUGGUAAGCUUUGUAAGUCUAUUACACGGAAGGUACUAGAAAUGAUAAUGGGCCAGAGCUAGUGGAAAAGCAUGCAGCAGGAGUUGACAGACUAGAUCCCAUCCUACUGUCCCCUUCUCCCAGGAACUGCUGUUUUUUCCAAAAAAUCCUCUGAAGGCUGGAGAACGUUUGUGAACAAAAUGCACCACAGUGCAAGAAAGGGGGGGGGGGGGAAGCACCACCCCUCCUCUGUCUAGCCCACUGACAGACUGUCCUGCCUUAAAGCCUUGUUGAGACUAAUAUUGUUAGUACUACAUGAAUGUUACUUAAGGUGUACUGAAUGUUCCCUUAUGCAAAGGAAGGGCAUGUUUUCAGAGGUAGAUUUUAUUUUAAUAGAUGGGUGGUAUAUUAACUUGAAAAUAUCUUGUGGUGUUAGCCCUGGAAUAAAUUCUGUUCUUGCAUACAGGAUAUUUUGGUCAAGCAGCUGCUACUCAAAUGCCUGUAAAUUGCUCUUUUCUUAAUUGCCUGCAAUGAGGAAUUCUUCAAACGACAUCUCCCAUCUCCUCUGUAUGUGCACAAACACCCCCUUGUCCUAGGGUAACAAAACCUGAUGAGCCUUUUGAAAGGGUUCUGCACCAUAUUUGAGAUGACUGUGAACAACGUCUACCAUCUGCCUCUCCUCUUUGAAACACAAGAGACAGCAGUAAAGUUGUUUAGUGCUUUAGGAGGCUACUGCACUUAAGUUAUCUAGAAUGGUCAUAAUGUAUAAUCCUGGGGAUCUAAAAUUGCCUGUAUGUUUUCCCCAUCUUCAGGCAGGUCCUUAGAGGUGGCUGGUGUAAGAGGAUAAGCCUAUGGCAGCAGAACUUCCCCCAUGCAUAGGUUUACA